AUGGGUGGAGCCAAACCCUCAAAAUCUCCCUGCACCUCUGGAUCCAAACUCUCCAGAUUAGAUGGUGAGACAUUGUCUGAUCCUACACCUUAUAGACAAGUGGUUGGGGCACUACAGUACUGCACACUUACCAGACCAGAAAUAGCCUAUUCAGUCAACCAAUUGUGUCAACAUAUGCAUGCACCAUCAUCCACUCACUGGACAGCUGCCAAACCAGUAUUCAGAUAUCUCCAAGGCACACCUAAUCAUGGACUUUACUACACGAAGAGAAUUCUCCAACUCAAUGCUUUUUGUGACUCUGAUUGGGCAAGAUGUCCGGAUGAUCGCAGGUCUACCAUGGGGUUUGCUGUAUUCUUGGGAGAAUUUCUAAUAGCCUGGAGUGCCAAGAAGCAGGUUGUAGUCUCCAGGUCAAGCACUGAAGCUGAAUCCCACUCACUUUCCAUCACCACUGCAAAAUUAUGGAACUUGACGCCAAACUUAUUUUAA